AUGUGUGUGCGGACAGCAGUACCCUAUGUGUGUGCGGACAGCAGUAGCCUGUGCGGAGCUAACCCCGGAUGGCCCACUGUGGCGUCCUGUAGUGUAGACUACGUGGCCGCCAGUUGUCAUCUGUUCUGUGGGAUCUGCUCCGGCGGAUCUGGCGUUAUCGUCACUCCGCCCACCACUACAAGCCAUUAUCAUCCUACAACUCAUCCUACAACUCAUCCUACAACAACCAAAGGGACUACAACUACCCCUACGCCCAUGUGUCCCCCUGGCUACGCGCUGAUCGUGAACCGCGCCGUGUGUCUGAGGGCCUUUGACGAGGAAAAGACUUGGCAGGAGGCAUCUUCCAUCUGUCAGCAGCAGGGCGGUCUGCUGGCUAUGCCUAAGGACGAGGAACUGCAUCAGGUUUGUUUGUUUGUUUGUUUGUUUGUUUGUUUGUGUGACGAGGAGAAGACUUGGCACGAGGCGGCUUCCAUCUGUCAGCAGCAAGGGGGUCUGCUGGCCAUGCCUAAGGACGAGGAACUGCACCAGGCCUGUGUGGCGAUAAAGAACAGUGUGAAUAGCGGAGCGUCCUUCUGGAUCGGGCUGGGAGACGCGCUGGCAGAGGGGCAAUUUUACUUCGUAGACGGGACUCCCUUGACUUCCUUCAACAAAUGGAACCCGGGCGAGCCGAACCAGAGCGGCGACGAGGAUUGUGUGCACUACUACGGGGCUGACAGGGGGAACAUGUGGAACGACCUGAACUGUGGGAGUCGCAUGAGGUUCAUCUGUCAGGCUGUUCCACGCUAAAUACCACGGCUGGAUGCAAAACGGCUGUGGCAAAAUGGAUCCGGUGUAAACACUACCUACUCAUGAU